AUCUGGGAGAACACCUGCCAUUCCUAAAGAAAUUGAGGAUGAAAUAGUUCGGUGUCUUAUAACACGCUCAGAAAUGGGCAUUCCUUGUGAUAAAAAAGAAAUGCGGGAAUUAGUCGGGGAAUAUAUUAAAGCGAGCGGUUUAAAAACACCUUUUAAAAACAAUGUUCCAGGGGAAGAUUGGUACUUAGGGUUUAUGAAGCGCAAUCCCCAACUUUCAUUAAAAAAACCCGAACAUUUACAAAAGGUUCGGAAGGAUGCAAGGAAUCCCUUUGUAGUUUAUGAUUUUUAUGAUAAACUCCAGAAAGUAAUAGAAGAACAUCAAUUAGCCGAUAAACCACAGUUUGUUUUCAACGCAGACGAAAGUGGCUUUCACCACGAUCCUAGUCGUAUUCGUGCAAUAGGCGUAAAAGGCAAAGCUUUGAGUAGAGUUUCUGGAGGAUCUGGACGCGAAUCCACAACUGUGCUGGCAUGCGUGUCUGCGGAUGGUUCAGUAUUGCCACCAUUGAUAAUUUUCAAAGGUGCUGCUGUACAAGCCAGGUGGACUUCAACAGAUGGGUUUCCUGGAACGUUGUAUGCAACCUCAAAAAAUGGUUGGAUGGAAGAAGCACAAUUUCUCAAUUGGUUUGCAAACGGUUUUAUUCCGUUUGUAAAAGAAAUUCGCUCAAAAGAAUCCACCCUAAAUCAGUCAGCUUUGCUUGUAUAUGAUGGACAUUGUAGUCACAUAAGUGUUAAAAUCAUUGAAAUAGCUCUGCAAAACAAUAUAGUAUUAAUGCGCCUACCAAGCCACCUUACAGACAAAAUGCAACCUUUAGAUAAAUGCGUCUUUGGCCCAAUAAAAACCCAUUGGGAAAAAAAACUGAUUGCCUAUGGUAAGACACAAAUGGGUAAAGGCUGUAUGCGUUUAAGUAAGCAAUUGUUUUCUCAAUUCAUCGGAGAAACUUGGAAAGAAGCCAUGAGCGCAGACAACAUUAUUUCUGGGUUUCUAAGCACUGGUUUGUUUCCUGUUGAUCGAUUUAAGUUUCCUGAAAGUGAAUUUCCGUCAAAGCUUCUCCAAGACUAUCAUAAAAGUUUAAAUGCUUCUGAUAUGGUGUCAGCACAAAGCGAAGCCGUUCUUGAAAUAGAAAGUAAACAAUUCUUAACAUAUUUUAUGUUCAUUUAAUUAAGAUUUGAAAUUUUGUUCCAACACCAUAGGCAGUGAACAAGUUUCCAAUGCAGAAUACAUCUCUCCUUUGGGUUUCUGCCCUAACGACAAUAACAUUGAUUCGACUCACUUUUCCGAUGACGUUUUAGAUGAAAGGCAAAUUCAAUAUCCGCCACCUCUAGAAUUUGAACAGAACAUGGUUACAAACCCUAUUGAACUUGAUGCAUCCCAUAGAGAAGAACAACAAAAUAUACAAGAUACGAUCACCGAUUUAUUUUGUAAAGCAAGUCCUUCAACAUCAAACAUUUUUCUAAGCGAACCGAAAAAGCCAACACCAAGACUGAAACAAAUGACAUACGGGGAAGUUUUGACAACAGAAGAAGUACUUAAACGACUGAGAGACGCCGAAGAAAAAAAACAAACAAAAAAACUUCCUAAGCCUAAGAGAAAAGAAGU